AUGGCUCCCAAAGGCAGCAGCAAACUGCAGACCGAAGAGGACCUGCUGCUGCAGGACUUCAGCCGGAACCUUUCAGCGAAAUCAUCGGCUCUCUUCUUCGGCAACGCGUUCAUUGUGUCUGCCAUCCCCAUCUGGUUAUACUGGAGGAUAUGGCACAUGGAUCUCGUCCAGUCUGCAGUUCUGUACGGUGUCAUGACUCUAGUCAGCACCUAUCUGGUAGCAUUCGCCUACAAAAAUGUCAAGUUUGUUCUCAAGCACAAAGUUGCGCAGAAAAGAGAAGAUGCAGUUUCCAAAGAAGUGACUCGCAAGCUUUCUGAGGCUGACAACCGGAAGAUGUCUCGAAAAGAAAAGGAUGAAAGAAUUCUCUGGAAGAAGAAUGAAGUUGCAGACUAUGAGGCCACAACCUUCUCCAUCUUCUAUAACAACACGCUUUUCCUGGUCCUGGUCAUCGUUGCGUCGUUCUUUCUUUUGAGGAACUUCAAUCCCACUGUAAACUACAUCCUGUCAAUCAGUGCAUCUUCGGGAUUAAUCGCUCUACUCUCUACUGGAUCUAAAUAG